GUGAGAGAGACCUGACUGGCUGCAUCCACGCUUCUGACCGUGAACUGAAAUUACCUAAACUGAGUUUCUAUCCGAGACUUUAAAGGCUUUGUUUCUCUUAAGCGCUCUCUUCUGUUAUUGUGCUAAAUAUUCUAUUGUAGUCGAGGACACGCGCGCCGUGGAACCGCUAGAAACAUGAGCAAAGUCCAAGGCGGGAUGAAAUGUGUGAAAUACCUCCUUUUCGUUUUUAACUUCAUAUUCUGGCUGUCCGGCUCGCUGGUGGUGGGUGUGGGCCUGUGGCUGCGCUUUGAGCCGAACACCCUCUCGCUCCUGAAAGUGGACGACGGUCACGACGUCCCCGACGCCCCAGAGACCUACUUUAUCGCCGUGUACAUCCUCAUCGUUGCUGGAGGGGUCAUGAUGCUUGUGGGAUUCUUCGGUUGCUGUGGGGCUGUGCGGGAGUCACAAUGUCUUCUUGGAUUGUUCUUCGCCUGUUUGAUGGUCAUCUUCGGGGCGGAGGUGGCCGCAGGAGUCUUCGGAUUCUUGAACAGAGAAAAGAUCAUUAAUGAGGUGAACGACUUCUACCUGAGAUCUCUGCAGGGUAGCGGCAAUGGCACCAGCAUCGCCAACAUGUACCACACUGUCCUGCAGUGCUGUGGAGGCACUGAAGUCAACCCGACCCUGUGUCCACCAGACGAAAACGAGGAGACUAAGAAUUGUGUGGACGCCAUCGAUGAGUAUUUCAAUGAAAAGCUCUUCAUCAUCGGCUAUGUGGGUAUUGGCAUCGCAGGGGUUAUGAUUAUCGGGAUGAUCUUCAGUAUGGUUCUUUGUUGUGCCAUUCGAAACAACAGAGAAGUCAUUUAAUCCCUUCAGUUAACUACCCCCCCCCCCCCCCCAACUCCCCCACCUCCCCCAAAUCUCCCAUUUCCGUCCCCAGCCUCAGCCAGUUAGGCUGUCCCAACCUCUACAUUUGUGGUGGGAUGGGUUACUCGAUUUGGAUCUUGACGUGUGUGUGGGGGGGCUGUACUUUCAUAGGGACACACAGCACAAAAAAAAAAAAACACUCCAAAACAUCCAUAUUUGUCCAGUUGGGGUUUAUUUCAGUGGUGUGUGCGGGGUCUGAUGACAUCAUCAACGCUGGACUGGACCUGCUCUGACUUGCCCCUGCCCAUUGCAAACAUGCCCAUUCAUUCCCCCGGCUGGCAUAUUGCAGUUUGCACACCACACAUAGCCACUCGUUCCUCACCCCUCCUCCACACAUAUACACACAGCCCGCCCGUCUAUAUGUAUAGACAGAGGUGCGCACUGUACUGCACUGUACUGUACGCAUACAGUCGAGGCUCGGAUGGUGAAAGUCUUCAUAAAGUCCGCUUUGUCGUCUUGACCUCACAGAGGUACGAUUCACACGCCAGUUAACGUAACCCGAUCUGGCUCAGUGCGGGCCAGACCCGGGCCUCUCAAAUCCUCCCCACUCCGCAUGCAAUCCAUCUGUCUCUGCUUGGCAUACCUGCCUAAGCUUGUCAGUGAAACACACGAUGACAGAUGAUUCUGCCAGUAAAGAGCAUUAUAAUUAUACUGACGUCAGGCAGCAGGGGCAGUUAGGCAGUAUUGUCAGCUAGAGCAGGGAUAGAUAGAGAGUAUUCUAAACAGGGGAGAUGAAGGAGCUGUGCUGAAAAGCUGGCUUACGUAAGAUAACAACCAAUAUUGGACUCUCACUCUCUGACCCUCAGGUACCUCUACGGUGAACGUUUCUGUGCUAUGACACGCACUGCAAGGUUGAAAGAUUGGUUGUAAAUAUCUCAAAUAAGACGCAUUGUCCAGAUGUUUGUCAUUCUCCCCACAUCUGUCAUGGCGUCGUUCCUUCGUUACUCAGCUGGGAUUGUGUGCCCAAACCCAGUUUCACCCUUCAGCCUUAUUCACACACUUCCUAACUGCCUUUGGUCAUAAAUUAUGUUGUUUGCGCUAACAUGCGCCAGCUGCCAAACUAGGUUGUAAAGUACAAGUCAUCAUCUUGACUGAGGACACCUGCACACAUGAACGACGCAGGCUGUCGCCGUCACUGCAGAAGGUAUGACGAGUCAGGAAGCUCUCACAGCGUCGGAGUCUCACGAAGUCUCACGAAUCAUCUGGCGCUGCUGCUAAUACAACUGGGGUGACUGUGCCUCUAACACCAUUAACUUAAUGACUUAAUCCUGGUCAGUACACUCAACCAGUCCCAUUGGCCAGGCCUGGUGAUGUCAUGACCAGCUUUCAAGGUUCACUAACUUACUAUCAGGCCAGCCCUCAUAGAGAGUGGACUUAGAGAGUUUUCACCUAUAUUUUUAGCGCAGGAUCACAACAGUAGCAUCACAACAACAGCACAAUGGUGAAAGUGAAUUAUUCCCGGGAUAUUUCUCAGCUAAUUCAUUGAUAAUUCAUUAUGAAUACUUGUAUGCCAUCUGAAAUCCCUGAAUUUUUAGUCAUUUGUAAAAACCCAUAUAAAAAUUACUGCAAGUAACCUUCAAAAUUGAGUCAUGAGACUCAACCAGUGCUGUUAGGAGGUUUUCAGUAGCCACUCUCUUUUCGGGAUGUGAAAUUUGUUUGGAUUAUUGAAAUUCCCUGAAUUCCCUAGGCAUGGAUUAUUUUGUAAAGAAAUUAAGUGAGUUUGUUUCAGGUGAAGUGAACUCGACCUCAGAACUCGCUUGCUUACCUGUAACCAGCACUGCCUAAAUGGCUGGGGGCUCUGGGAUGAGUUCAAGGCCAGCAUUCGUGCCAGACCAGGGUGGAUCCACUCCUUGUGGGUUUGGACUGAUCCCUUUGCCUCCAGCUCUUGGACUGGGGUCCAACUUUUCUGUGCCUUUUCAGAAGCAUACACUCCUAGAAAAGAGGGUUCCGGAGCUGAUGAGGGAAUCUGGGGUGUUCAGCAGCUUUUUUACUUGUAUGAAUUUGCCCCCAUUUGAAUUGGAAUCUCAGUUGAAAAUCAUUCUUGCAUGUGUGUCCCAAAAGCAUCAUUGGACAACUACUGUGGUGAUUGAGAGAGAGAGAGCUUUCAUGAUGAUACUCUCUCUGUCAUUUAAUGAAGAUAGUGGUCAAACAACGCUUUUCAGAAACGCACAUAGCCUAUAGCUGACAGCCCGGGAACCCUCAAAGUGUUCCAGUAAGAACCUUAAUCUAGAGGUACAGGAAUCGGUUAGGGUUCUCAAAUGCACCUAUUUUUUGGGAGUGUAUUCGGCAGGCACAGGCUUGUUUAUGGGCUCACUCUAAGCAUGCUCUGUUCGUUUGUGUGUGUGUGCGUAAACUAUUGCUGUGAAGAACUGUACAUUUUUGUGUCAAACUGUAAUUUCUCUAUGUUGUGACAGUCCAUUUUUGGAAUGUACUCAAGAUGUGUAUACUCUGACUGGUGUGUAGAUUUGUGUUUGCUAAUCAUGUAAAAGGAAAAAAAACAACAACAAAAACAAAAGAAAAAUGGAUGCUUUUCAUAGCAUGACGUUUUGUAGCAGUUUCUAAAUAUGAAUUGCUUUGAGAAAUAAAAAAUAAUGAUAUGAUA